CGACUCAAAACGCAAUCACGGCCCACGGGAAACCCGACCCAACUCUGAUUCCAAGUGCGACUCUGAUUCGACCUAAAUCCAGGAUUUAAACCCUCCGUCCCAACUCAAUUUUGUCCUACGACAAAUCCUCGAUUCUCCGUGCUCUCUCCCUUCAAUUCCCUGCGCUUUUCUCCUCUCAUCAAUUCUCUACGAUACGAUUUCGAGGGUCCUUGAAGGUUGUUCUUCCUGAUUAUUCACAAUGAAUCUUGGACGGUAUCGACCGCAUGAUUUCUACAGAGAUUCUUUCAAGCAAAUUUAUUGCUGUCGCUCAGCAUCUUCUGUCAAAAAGGUUUGCUGUUCCUUGCACGCUUUUUUCAAUGUCGUUAUGUGGAUUUCAAGCUUAUAAAGGACGAAACUUAGGGACUAUUAUAAAAGAGGUAAUUGAUCAGCAGGAGUUUCAGCUAAGUAUAUGAAUUUCUUAGAUAUUUUUUGAACAGUAGAGAGACCUAUUGUCUAAGUUAUUUAUUUAAUAACUCGCUGAUUUUUUCUUAUGUUGAAUAAAUCAUUUGAUAUGUACUACAAUUCCUGUCAUUUCAUAGCAGAUAUAUUGUAUGGUGUAUUUUAAAUAGUUCAGCUUAAAAUUAGUAUCCUUUGAACUAAGAGUUAUAUGAAUGAUAAAAAUGCACUUUUUAAGCUUUUGCAUAAAUAACCAAUAUUUGAGUUGAAAAUUACCUUUCUAUGUUUUAGUUCUUAAAAUUUAUAAAUUCAGUAUCAGAUAUGAUUAUUGGAUCAGUGGUAGGCGUUUAAGUUUCUUUCUUGUUGAUGCACCCUCUGCACGCCUUACUUUGUCGGCUAUAGAUCAUCUACUGCUGUGAGCACAUGCUUUACUUUCUCUUUUGACGCUACCAAUUUGGCUUUGUAGCUAGUUAUAUCAUAAUGCUUUCGGUGCUUUGUUAAGACUUGCAAUAUUAUAGAAAUUACACUUGAAAAUGAAAAACUUCUUAAAGAGUCCUUCAUCUGUUCUCUUCAUUUUGGGAACAACAUUGUUCCCGUAUUUUAACAAAUUGAGUUUCUUUGUGCAGCCACAUCUGGAAUUUGGUGACAAAGUCAUAAUGCCUAUAUCUGCUCUUAAUCGGCUAGCAUCCUUAGAUAUUGACUAUCCAAUGUUAUUCGAGAUUCACAAUGAUGCCGCUGACCGAGUAUCGCACUGUGGUGUAUUAGAGUUUGUAGCAGAAGAAGGCAUGAUCUACAUGCCUAAUUGGAUGAUGCAAAAUAUGCUUUUACAAGAUGGAGACAUUGUCCAUGUGCAAAACACCAGUCUCCCUAAGGGCACAUUCGUCAAACUGCAGCCUCACACAAAAGACUUCUUAGAUAUCUCAAACCCCAGGGCCAUCUUGGAAAGAACCUUGAGGAACUUCUCCUGCUUAACCACAGGUGAUGGUAUUAUGGUAACUUACAACAACAAAAGCUACUACAUUAAUAUUCUGGAAACAAAGCCAGCUUCUGCAGUCGCUAUUAUUGAGACAGACUGCGAGGUGGAUUUUGCACCUCCGCUUGACUAUAAAGAACCUGAGAAGCCACAACAAGUUUCUACUACUACAAGCAAAGCUGAAGAUGCUAAUGCCAAAGCUGAAGCCGAACCAAAAUUCAUCCCUUUCACUGGUUCUAGUAAGCGCCUGGAUGGGAAGCCUAUAAAGCAGCAAGAACCAACAAUGUCUUCUCAUAUAACCGAUCACCGGAUUGAAGCAAAUAAGAAAAUAAAACUGGAGGAUACUGCAUCUACAUUGUUACAGAGUAGCAGUUCUGGUCAGAAACUAGGGAAACUAGUUUUCGGCUCAAGUUCAAGCCCUCAUGCUCCAAAAGAAAUACCAAAGGCUCCUAGGAAAGAAACGAAGACGGAGUCGCCGCAGCAAGAAGAGCCAAAAUUCCAACCAUUUACAGGGAAGAGCUUUUCCUUUAAGGAUUAAUCAGGACCUGCGAAGAUAAGUACGUCGGUUGAGAAUGUCAUCAGGAAUUAGGCUUAUCGUCGUUACACGCCAUGUUUUCGCCAGUGAAAUACCUCUACUGUAUAUCAUUUUUUCUAUUCUUUCAUUCUUUAUUUUCUCUUCUUCUUGAAAAAUAUAGCAUGUAGUCAAGGUAGGUGCUAUUUAAAACAUUUUUGAGUUUACAAUUUGAUGAACUGUAGCAUUAAUGAAUUAUUCAGGUUUGUCGCUUCAGAUUUUAGUGCUAGAA